UUCCCACCCACAGUUUUAUCAGAACGUCAGUCCGUCGUGCAUCCUUGUGUGGAGAGGUUCUAAGUCUUUUCCUAAGUCCGGCAGGAUCAACAGCAGCCUUCCCCGUUCAGAAACUCAGAGCCGAGCCGAGCCGACGAUGAGGAGCAGUGUUGGGCUGUGUGUAUUGGGCCUGCUGUGCCUCCACAGCUCAGUCUUUGGGCAGGUUGACACAAAGUAUCAUGAUGCUUUGGAUGUUCAGCCCGGCGUCCUGAUCUUCUGUGACGACCCAUCUGUGGAGAAGGCCGCCCACAGCGCCGUGACCAAGUUCAACGACAGGCUGAGCACCGGACACAAGCUGGCCCUCUUUCAGACUCUAACAGCGAGUAAGUCGGAGAAUGGCUCAGACUCGGUGUACUCGCUGCAGUUCACCAGCAGGAGGAGCGACUGUCCAGCUGGAAGCAACACGCCCUGGACCGACUGCAACUAUCUGCCUAAUGGAAGCAAGAAGCCGAUUUCAUGCAAUGCCACGGUCUACAUGACAGAGACUGAAGCAGACACUCAGCAGGUGGAUUGCCUGCUCGACCACGAAAUCUUUCCAGAGAAAGCCUCCUGUCUGGGCUGCCCGAUGGAGAUCGAAGACAACUCAGAGGACCUGAAGUUACCUCUCUCCGUCUCCAUCUCCAAGUACAACUCCAUGUCGGACUCCACUCACUUGUUCACCCUGCACACCGUCGGUCACGCCACCAGACAGGUGGUGGCCGGUUUCAGGUACAAGAUUAGGUUUGAUAUGACGAAGACGACCUGCCCCAAGACCGAACACAAAGAGCUCAGCGCUCUGUGUGUCUUUGAUGAUCAGAAUGAGGAGUUCGUUCACUGUAACUCGACAGUGGAUGUGGCACAAUGGAGAUUUGAGGAGCCAAAUGCCCAGAUAGAGUGUGAGGCAGGAGCCCUGCCUACCACGUUUUUGACCAAGCGGCGCCCUCCUGGCUGGUCCCCACUCAGGAACUUUCUGUAUGACGUCCCCGCCACCGCCGCGUCUCCAUCCUUACCGCUGUCCACGCAAGCUUCAGCCAAAGAAGAAUCCUCUGAGGAGGACACCACAGCCUCGAAGCAGGCCGCCUCCCCUGAUGCGAACGACAGCCCCUUCCACUGCCCAUCCAAGCCCUGGACACCGGUCAUUGUGGUCCAGUCUGCAGCUCCUACAGAAGCUGCCACAGAGGAGGGCACCCCGGAGCCCCCGGUAGCCGGGGCCUUCAGCGAUACAGACCUGCUGGCAUAAAGUUCUCCUUAAGGGAGCCACAUUUACACUCACAAUGAUCUCACUUAUCAAACUUUCUCUUUUGUUUAUUUUGUCGACCUCUCUUUGCAGGGCGCUUUUUUGGGAUACUUCUUCAGGGGUGUAAUGUGCAGAUUUUAAACACGAAAGGGUCAAGGGUUAAAACAUUGUUGGCGAUAAAACAAGUUUUUUUGGUCACGAGACUCCUUUAGAAAGCACAACAAAAAUUAUCGAAAUGAUGGCAGAGCUCUAUGCUGUUAUCAAAUUAAUUGUAGUUUGAACGCGGACAACUGGAGUCAGUUUAUUUUGAGUAAAUCAAAGUAAUGAGUGAUAAAGUUGUGAGAGAAUGGAAAAAAGUAGAUUCUCAAAACGAAAAUAAACAACAAUAAAAUAUAACUAUGUGCUGGUUUUCCAUAUUCAAAUAUUUCCACUUCCACAUAGAGCUGUUUUAUUACAAGGUUCACACCAUUUAAUAAAAUCUUUGCACUUUCA